AUGUCUUCCCAUCCUUCCCCCUCAGUCUCUGUGUGGCCAGAGAACUCACCUUCGUCGGGCCUUACCUUCUUCACUUCGCUCAGUCCGAGCAUCACGAUCGCUGCAGCCGUUUUGCUCGUCAGUCUGUACCUCCUGCCAUCUAUCACUGGCACGAGCUUCGACCUAUUUGGACGGCGUCCCAGAGACAAGGACGGAAACUCCAUUCCGAACGGUCCCCUUGGCCUCCCGAUAGUCGGGUCGUUCCCUUUCCUGACGCGUUAUCCGGAGUUGACGCUGGACUACUGGUACAAGAAGUUCGGUCCGCUCUACUCGAUGUGGCUCGGAAACCAGCUGUUCGUUGUGUUCAUCCCGAAGGACACGGUCGUCGUCAUGAACACUUGGUCGAUGCAUUAUGAUGAGACGAGGCACCCGAACCCGGACAAAUUCGAUCCUGAGAGGUACAUCAACGACAGCACUAACAACACCGAGUCUGCCAACCUCGCGGACCCGUACGAGCGCGACCACUGGAUGUUCGGAUUAGGGCGCCGGAUCUGCCCGGGCAUAAUCGUAGCAGAGCGCGAGAUCUGGUUGUCUAUCUCUCGUAUGAUCUGGGCAUUCAACAUGGUCGAGAUACCCAGCGAGCCGAUUGACUUGAAGGAGUAUGACGGGCUAUCUGGCCGCUCGCCCGUCCCCUUCCGCAUCAAGCUCGUUCCCCGCCAUGAGAACGUUGCUAAAGUCCUCGGCGUCUGA